GGUUUUUCCUUUAUUUCAUUUUUCUUUCUUUAAUUAUUAUUUUUUUCUUCUUCUGAUGGCUGUAUCAAUCAACUUUGACUUUGAACCAUAUAUAAACUCUUACAAGGGUCGUACGCGUAUCAAACGAGCUUUGUUCAUUGCAGAACAUUGUCCUAGUUUGGAGGUGGAAGCGUAUCAUUUUGCUGUUAACGAUAUCAAACAACAACUUAGUGAUAUAGAAUUAUAUCAAGCAUGUAUCAAGAAACUGAAUGCGGCAUUGACUCGAAGGAAUGAACCCAUGGUAGAUAUUGAUGCCGCUUGGGUAGAUGCCACUACAAAGAAAAACAAACGAAACUUGGAACAACUCGAAACAGAACUCAAAACUUGUAAAACAAGUGUUGUCAAAGAAAGCAUUAGGAUAGCUCAAACAAACCUAGGUGAUUAUUAUUAUGAUGUUGGAAAAAUGAGUGAUGCAAGCAAAUGUUAUUCAAGAACAAGAGAUUAUUGCUCUACUAGCAAAAGUAUAUUGGAUAUGUGUUUCAAUAUGAUCAAGGUACAUUUGGAAGAACGUCAUUAUGUACAUGUACACAGUUAUAUCGUACGAGCAGAAACUACACCACAGAUACCAGAUAAAGUGAACACAAUAUCAAGAUUAAAAUGUUGUCAGGCUAUAGCCUCUCUUUUUAUCAGUGAUGCUAAUCGAUAUCAGACUGUAGCACAAUGUUUAACCCAAGGUGUUGCUUUAGAAUCAAGUCAUCUUAUACAUGAUAUCAUGUCUCCAAAUGAUGUAGCUCUUUAUGGUGGAUUAUGUGCAUUGGCCUCUUUUGAAAGAUCUCAACUACACGAUUUGAUCAGUUCUAAUGUGGCUUUCAAAGGAUAUUUGGAAUUAGUACCUCAUGUUCGAGAAAUCAUGGAAUACUUUCAUGCUUCAAAAUAUGCUGCUUGUUUCUCUUUGAUGGAAAAUUACCGGGAGGAUUGGAAAUUAGAUAUCUAUUUGAAUAGUCAUAUUGAUCCUAUCUUUCAAUGUGUUCGUGAAAAGGCAAUGGUUCAAUAUUGUAUUCCAUAUUCUAUUGUGGAUCUUGGCCGAAUGGCAUCUGCAUUCCAUACUACGGUGGAUCAACUAGAAUCUGAAUUGGUCAAACUUAUUGGGCAGAAAGGAAAGAUAGAUGGUCGUAUUGAUAGUCAUGAAAAGGUUCUCUACUUUAAACAACAAGAUCAACGUAAAAAAGCAUUUGAUCAGUCACUUGGUCUGGCUGUGGAAUAUGAAAAAUCCGCCAAAGCAUUGAUGCUUCGAUUGAAUCUUUUGAAAUCCAAUAUGAUAGUACAAUAAAAUUAGUUACCUAGUAUCUUAUUAUUGCAUAUGAAUAAAAAACAACUGAUUUUUUGUCUUAUCAUUUUUAUAGUAAUU